AUGGCUGCCAAGCAGUCUGCUCUGGACUUCUUGUCCUUUGUGAACUCUGCUCCUACCCCUUUCCAUGCCGUCCACGAAGCCAAACAGCUUCUGGCUAAGGCUGGGUUCCAAGAAAUCAAGGAGAGAGACUCUUGGGCGUCGACCUGCCAACCGGGAGGCAAGUACUACUUGACUCGCAAUACUACUACCCUUGUGGCUUUUGCGAUCGGCAAGCAAUGGCAGCCGGGCAAUUCCAUCUCUAUGAUCGGUGCCCACACCGACUCUCCGGUGUUGAGGGUCAAGCCCGUUAGCAAGAAGAGCGGGGAAGGCUUUGUCCAGGUCGGUGUUGAGACCUACGGCGGAGGCAUCUGGCACACUUGGUUUGAUCGUGAUCUGGGAGUCGCUGGCCGGGUUAUGACUCGUGAAAGCGAUGGAUCCAUCGUGCAGAAACUGGUCAAGAUUGACCGUCCCAUCCUCCGUAUUCCAACACUGGCUAUCCAUUUGGACCGCCAGGAGAACUUUGCAUUCAACAAGGAAACACAGCUGUUCCCUAUCGCCGGCCUUAUUGCUGCAGAGCUCAACCGCAAUGGAGGUACCGACACCUCUGACACAGACAAGGGUGGGGAGCCAUCACCAUUGAAAUCUGUCACAGAACGUCACCACUCUCACUUUGUUGAGCUUAUUGCUGCUGAGGCUGGCGUCAAUCCUGGCGAUAUUCUGGACUUUGAAAUGAUCCUGUUUGACACUCACAAGUCCUGCCUCGGCGGUAUGCUGGAGGAAUUCAUCUUUUCCCCUCGGCUAGACAACCUGAACAGCACUUUCUGUGCUACAAUUGGUCUGAUUGACUCGGUGGCCGACGAAUCAGCGCUCGAAAACGAAGACGCGAUCCGCCUGAUUGCCUUGUUUGACCACGAGGAAAUCGGAAGCCGCACAGCACAGGGUGCCGACUCGAACAUUCUUCCUUCGAUCAUUCGCCGUCUAUCCGUCCUCCCGUCCUCCUCCUCUAAGAACACCGACCUGUCAACUGCCUAUGAGCAGACUCUGUCCACCUCCUUCCUUGUCUCUGCUGAUAUGGCCCACUCGAUCAACCCCAACUAUGCGGGGAAGUACGAGUCGGACCACAAGCCGGAGAUGAACAAGGGCCCGGUGAUUAAGAUCAACGCCAACGCUCGCUAUGCAACGAACUCCCCUGGAAUUGUUCUCCUGGAGGAGAUUGCGCGCAAGACCGCCAAGGAGACUGGCGAGCACGUUCCUCUCCAGCUCUUUGUGGUUCGUAAUGACUCGAGCUGUGGCAGCACCAUUGGCCCUAUGCUAUCUGCUGCGCUGGGGGCGCGGACACUGGAUCUGGGCAAUCCCCAGCUCAGUAUGCACAGUAUCCGUGAAACAGGUGGUACCCACGAUGUUGCCCAUGCCAUUCGUCUGUUCACUGGCUUCUUCAAGCAUUACUCAGAGCUGUCGAAGACGAUCCUUGUGGAUUAA